UUAGGGCAAACAUGAAAUAUCUGAUUUCCCGCUCGUUGCCUCCCCGACAGAAUGGCAAUUAAAUUAAAAUAAUCAACUCUCUCUGUUCCGAGACAUACAGCAUUGUAUCACUCUCUCCAUUUAUUCUCAGUUCUUCCAUUCUUGCUGGCCUCUUGCCUCCAGUACACACACACACACACAUAGAGAGAGAGUAAGUAGGGGAAAAGGCUCACCUGUUUGCAAAUUUGGACAUUUUUGGGAUAUCAAGUAAGGUUUGGGGGGAUAUGAUGGCGGAGAACGAAGUGAAGAGCGAGCCUGCCGCAGAUUCUCCGACCUCUGUUCUUGAAGACGAGGACUGCAAGGAGAACCUUGUUAAAUUGGAAGCAGAUGUUGAAGCAGAAAAUAGAAAUUAUUCUCUUGUUUCCAGAACCAUGGAAGAGGAAGAAGAAAAACUGCUGAAAGAUCGGUUGAAAGAAGAAGAAGAGGAGAAGGCAAAUGAGCCUAGAGAAGAACCUCACUUGAAUGACAUCCAGUUCACUAAAUUGGAUGAGCUUUUAUCACAAACCCAACUUUACUCUGAGUUUCUGCUGGAGAAAAUGGACGAUAUUACAAAGAAUGGAUUUGAGGAUGAUGGGGAAACUGUUAAAGAAAGCAAGAGAGGCCGUGGUACCAAAAGAAAGGCUGGUGCAAGUUAUAAUAAUAAGAAAGCCAAGAGAGCUGUUGCAGCCAUGCUUACAAGAACUAAAGAUGGUGAUUCCGCUGAAGAUUCAACCAUUACAGAUGAAGAGAGAGCUGAGAAAGAGCAGGCAGAACUGGUACCCUUGUUGACUGGUGGAAAGUUGAAGCCUUAUCAAAUUAAAGGCGUAAAAUGGAUGAUUUCAUUGUGGCAAAAUGGACUGAAUGGGAUCCUUGCUGAUCAAAUGGGCCUCGGGAAAACAAUUCAAACUAUUGCUUUUCUUGCACACCUCAAAGGAAAUGGAAUGCAUGGGCCUUUCAUGAUUAUUGCUCCUCUCUCCACUCUCUCAAAUUGGAUGAAUGAAAUACAGAGGUUUGUGCCCUCGGUGGAGGCAAUCAUUUACCAUGGUAGUAAGAAAGACAGGGAUGAAAUUAUAAGAAAGCACAUGCCUCGGACAGUAGGUCCCAGAUUUCCUAUUGUAAUUACUUCUUAUGAAAUUGCAAUGAGUGAUGCAAGACGACACUUCAGGCAUUACAGCUGGAAGUACCUGGUUGUUGAUGAGGGACACAGGUUGAAGAACUCGAAAUGUAAAUUGGUGAAGCAACUGAAAUACUUAUCUGUUGAGAAUAAGCUUCUCUUAACUGGCACCCCUCUACAAAACAACUUAGCUGAGCUCUGGUCACUGUUGAAUUUCAUUCUUCCUGAUAUUUUUUCAUCUCACGAAGAGUUCGAGUCAUGGUUUGACUUUUCGGGGAAGUGUGCUAAUGAAGGCCUCAGGGAAGAAAUGGAAGAGAAAAGAAGGGCACAGGUGGUGGCCAAACUUCAUGCUAUAUUGCGUCCCUUUCUGCUACGCAGAAUGAAAGCAGAUGUGGAACAACUGCUCCCUAGGAAGAAAGAGAUUAUCUUGUAUGCCUCAAUGACUCCACAUCAGAAGAACUUCCAGGAGCAUCUCAUUAAUGCAAAGCUGGAAGAUCACCUGAGAGAGAAAACAGAUUUCGCUUAUGGUAUGAAAGGAAAGCUGAAUAAUUUGAUGAUUCAACUCCGGAAGAACUGCAACCAUCCAGACCUUUUGGAGUCUGCAUUUGAUGGUUCACACUGUUAUCCACCUGUUGAACAGAUAGUUGAGCAGUGUGGCAAAUUUCAAUUAUUGGACAGAUUAUUGGCUAAACUGUUUGCUCGCAAGCACAAAGUCUUGAUAUUUUCUCAAUGGACCAAGAUCUUAGACAUAAUGGAUUACUAUUUCAGUGAAAAGGGAUUUGAAGUCUGCAGAAUUGAUGGCCGUGUUAAAUUGGCAGAAAGAAGAAGACAGAUUAAGGAAUUCAAUGAUGUGGACAGUAAUUACAGAAUCUUUCUUCUUAGCACCCGGGCUGGUGGUCUGGGUAUUAAUCUUACUGCAGCUGAUACCUGCAUUUUAUAUGACAGUGAUUGGAAUCCUCAGAUGGAUUUACAGGCAAUGGACCGGUGUCACAGAAUUGGUCAAACAAAACCUGUUCAUGUUUACAGGCUAGCUACUGCUCAAUCUGUUGAGGGUAGGAUUCUGAAAAGAGCUUUUAGCAAGUUGAAACUUGAACAUGUGGUGAUUGGAAAGGGUCAGUUUAAGCUGGAAAGAUCCAAGCCUGAUGGAACAGACAUUAUGACGGAAGAAGAAUUGCUAGCUCUUCUUCAUGAUAAAGACGAUGAAGAGGACAAAUGGAUCCAGACUGAUAUUAGUGAUGAAGAUCUGGAGAGAGUUUUGGACCGUAGCGAUUUGGUUGCUAAUUUAUCAGAGGAAGAUGAGAAGGUCGAGUCAAAACGGGAUGUUCUUCCUCUUAAAGGACCUGGUUGGGAGGUGGUCAUCCCCACUACAACUGGAGGCAUGCUCUCUACUCUCAACAGCUAAUCUGUUAUCGUUAUCUUACAGGUGCUGCCUUGUCACUGCUUCCAUGCCCAUUUUAAAGAGAGCUGAAUGUUUUUGCCAACUCUCAUAUAUCCUCUUGUUUUUUGUCAAUAUCUGGAGAGGAAUGCAUUUUCGAUGUCCGGAUAGACAAUUAUAGUUAAUUUCAUAGUUAGUGGAAGUAGGCUGGCAGGAUUUACCUCGUCCCACCCAUAUCCCAUGUAAAAGGGUGUGACAAUGGGAUGUUGACAUUAUUUGUUACAUGAAUUCUCCAGGAAUCUAGUGUGAGAACAGUCAUGCUCAUUGUUCUCUUCCUUUUGAGUGAUGCCGUAAAAGAAAUUUGUAGUGAUACAUU